GUUGGGAAUAUUUGAUAGCCAAAGUAGCAUGGACACCGGCACGAAAAGGAAGCACACGAAACCUACGAAAAAUUCCAACCGGUUCCACCGGGUGCAAACAAUUUUUUUUAAAGACAGGCAUCUUUUUUUGGUUUUAUCGUUUAACGUGCUGUUCGCCAUCGAUCAUCCCACAACGUGUUCUCAACAGAGCGCUAUGCGUGUGGGUGCGCGCGCGAUCCAAGAAGGGCUCGCGAAUAAAACAAAAGCAAAAGCAUCAGCAGCUUCUUCUACUGAGAACAACAAAUUUACCUUAGUGUUGGUGCCCGAUUGGCAAAGCUCGCUUCGAUCGACGCAUCGAAACCGCGAGAGCCGAACGAACCGAACGAUUUAAACUCGUUUUCCUGAACGGCGCUAGUAGUCGUAGUGGCAGUGUCGCGCGAAGCUGCGCCAUUAUUACAGUGCGUUGGUUGAAGUGUUCUAUAAGCUCGUGCCGUCGACUACGGUUUAAUUGCGGUUAAGACUUAUGUUUAUUUACGGUGGUUAAUGGUCGAAAGUAAAAUUUUCUAAAUGGCUAGAAUUAGCUGUGUAUCUACGAUGUGGACCGUGUUACUAGUGCUGUGUUGCUUCACGCAUGAUCUCUUUGCUUUACAAGACGGCGAAUCGUGCAAGCACCAGGGGGAGUCAGGAAUUUGCCGACCCUACUCGAAGUGUAAGCGUGGCAAUCGCAUUACCGUGUGCAGUUAUUCAGCCACAGAAGCCAUCGUCUGCUGCCCGCAGUCGCAGCUCCUAGACUCGGCUGGCACAUUCCAGGCAACUCCCUUAAGUUCCUUCAACCGUGGCGGGAACGAACGUAUUAGCGAGAAAAAAUGCAAGGAAUACAAGGAGCUCACCACGGACAGUGUCGCCAUCAGUGCGCUAACGCUCAACCCUACGCUGGUCAAAAUCGAUGUACCGAAGUGUGACAUGGUGGUGAAGCUGAUCGUCGGUGGCAAUGUGACGAAGCCGGGCGAAUUCCCGCACAUGGCAGCGAUCGGAUGGCGUCGGCCGAACGGUGACUACUCGUUCGACUGUGGCGGAUCACUCAUCAGCGAGUACUACGUACUGACGGCAGCCCAUUGUUACGCAGAAUCCGAGGAGGGUGUACUGCCCUCGGUUGUGCGGCUGGGCGAUCAAAGCCUGCUGCGGCAGGACGAUGGUGCGGAACCGGAAGAUUAUGGCAUCCAGCGGUUCAUCGUGCAUCCGGACUUCAAGUGGAGCGCCGGCAAAUACAACGAUCUCGCACUGGUUGAGCUAAGCGAGCGGGUCGUGUUUACCAACUUUAUCCGGCCGGCCUGCCUAUACACGGCGGACCGGCUGAACGUUCGCACAGCGAUCGCGACCGGGUUCGGCCUGACGGAAGACUUUGGCACCAAAUCGGACGAACUGCGCAAGGUGGCGCUAAACAUUUACGAGAACGAUCUGUGCGCCGCUCGGUACCGGUCGAACCGGCACAUCCGGCAGGGCAUCCGCAGCACGCAAAUGUGCGUUGGUGAUUUGGCGGGCGGGAAGGACACGUGCCAGGGUGAUUCCGGUGGUCCGUUGCAGGUGACGCGCGAAGAAAACCAGUGCAUGUUUUACAUCGUUGGGAUUACUUCGUUUGGGCAGGUGUGCGGUAGCGCUACGCCAGCAAUCUACACGAAGGUUAGCUCCUACCUGGACUGGAUCGAAUCGGUCGUAUGGGAGUAAGAGCAGGGAGCACAACGUUGGACGAAAGCGGACGAACACAUUGUCAAAUCACUCAGAUGGAAACAAAACGGAUGUUUUAAGGGUAAGAGGACUCGCGGAAGACCGAUCGGAAAUUAAUUUCUGCAUCACGUUGCAAUCAUGUACAUUGUGUGUUUUACUAAUAGACCGUUUAUGUAAAGUUUUCUUUUAAUAAAAAAAGCUAUUCCUAGUGUGUGAA